GCUUCCUGCGAUCGGCGCAUCAGAGAAAAGCAGCCGCCGGCCCCCGAGAAGUUGCACGAGCGCCGCUUCGAGGUUCUCAGCCACCCGCACCUGGGCCUCAACUUGAAGCUUCACCAGGUCUAUGAGGAGGCGGACCUCAGGCGGCGCUGCGGCGACGACCAGGCGAAGAUCAAACGCCUGGAGACGGCGCUGAAGAAGCCUGCCCUGUUCCAGGAAGUCGAGGUCGACGCCAGUCAUCCUCGGACCCCUCCUCGCGAUCGCCAGGUCCCCGAUGUCUUCGAGGUCGGGUACACGCCUCCACCAACGACGCCUCCCCGCGGCCGCGUCCUGGGUCGCUUGCAGACCUGGAAAGGUCCGAGCAUGGAGGAGCUGAAAACAAUGCCUCCCUCGUCGCGACUCCACUGGAUGGAAAGGUUAGCAGCCUCGUCCGACGUGCAUGAGGACCUUCUCCGCAUCGGCGUCCUGGAGACGCUGAUCCUGCCAUACCUUGAGGAGUCCAAACGGGAGGCCAACUUAGAGUUGGCUGUGGUGGCACUCGGACUCCUGGUGGAGCUGCCGCUGUCAGAAAUCCACUUUCAACAGGGCCUGUGGCCACUGCUUGGGGCGCUCCGAGAACGGCUGCCGGCUGUGCAGGUCUUCAUCCGACAGCUCUGCACGCGACUGCGGAGUCGCGGGAUGAGCUUCGACGGACGUAUCGCUGCACAAAGUCCGGAAAAGUCCUUCCCUGCCUGCGUCUCCUUCCAAGGUUCUCUCCGACGAGGAGAUACAUUUCCCAAGAGCACGCAGUCGAUCCCCAUCAACCAGCCGACCGGGCAUUCUGCUGAAACGAGUUCCGGGGAAAGGAUGACUUCAGGGGCCUAA